AAGGUUACCAGAAGCUUCGGUGAGCGCCGCAACAAAACACACACGUUAUGCCGUCGUUGCGGUCGCACCAGCUACCACCCCCAGAAGCAUGCAAGGUCUGCUGGCCAAACACAACGGCAAGAUACAAGAUACAUGUCGCAGCCAAACAAUGGACAGAGCUCGGGC